AUGCCUGUGUGCCUGUGUGCCAGCCUGGCGGAGGGGAUUUGUGUUGCCUCCAUGUCUGUGUGCCUGUGUCCAGCCUGGCGGAGGGGAUUUGUGUUGCUCAAUGUCUGUGUGCCUGUGUCCAGCCUGGCGGAGGUGAUUUGUGUUGCCUCAUGCUGUGUGCCUGUGUCCAGCCUGGCGGAGGGAUUUGUGUUUGCCUCCAUGCCUGUGUGCCUGUGUCAGCCUGGCGGAGGUGAUUUGUGUUGCCUCCAUGCCUGUGUGCCUGUGUCCAGCCUGGCGGAGGUGAUUUGUGUUGCUCCAUGCCUGUGUGCCUGUGUCCAGCCUGGCGGAGGUGAUUUGUGUUGCCUCCAUGCCUGUGUGCCUGUGUCCAGCCUGGCGGAGGUGAUUUGUGUUGCCUCCAUGCCUGUUGUGCCUGUGUCCAGCCUGGCGGGGCCUGGCGGAGGUGAUUUGUGUUGCCUCCAUGCCUGUGUGCCUGUGUCCAGCCUGGCGGAGGUGAUUGUGUGUUGCCUCCAUGCCUGUGUGCCUGUGUCCAGCCUGGCGGAGGUGAUUUGUGUUGCUCCAUGCCUGUGUGCCUGUGUCCAGCUGGCGGAGGUGGAUUUGUGUUGCUCCAUCGCCUUGUGUGCUGUGUCCAGCCUGGCGGAGGUGAUUUGGUGUUGCUCCAUGCCUGUGUGCUGUGUCGCAGUGCGGAGGCAGUUUUCCCCCGGGGCACUGUGGUUCUGCUUUGUUCUUGGGGUCAAGUUGCUGUAG